AUGGCGGAGAAAGAAGUUUCCGUUCCCCUCGAGGCCAUCAAGGUCGAGGCCUUGGUGGUGAUGAAAAUCAUCAAGCACUGCUCCCAGACCUUUCCGACGACUGCGACCGGUUCGAUCGUUGGUAUGGACGCGGGUAGCAGCCUCGAGGUCACGAACUGCUUCCCUUUCCCCGUCGUCGAAGUGCCCGCGGAGUCGCACUUUGACAAUGCCGCCGCCAACCCGGCCGCCGCCGCCCCUCGCGCGAAGGCCAACGCCGUCUACCAGGCCGAGAUGAUCCGCAUGCUUCGGGAGGUCAACGUGGACGCGAACAACGUCGGAUGGUACACCAGCGCCAACAUGGGCAACUUCGUCAACAUGAGCGUCAUCGAGAACCAGUUCUUUUACCAGAAGGAGAUGAACGAGAGGACGGUCGCUCUGGUGCACGACGUCAGCCGCAGUGCCCAGGGUAGCCUGAGCCUGCGGGCCUUCCGCCUGUCUCCUAAGUUCAUGGCUGCCUUCAAGGAGAACAAGUUCACUUCCGACGAGCUGCAAAAGUCCAACCUGAGAUUCCAGGACAUCUUCGUUGAACUCCCGGUGGAAAUCCACAACUCUCACCUGAUCACCUCUUUCCUCCACCAGCUCCAGUGCCCCAGCCAGUCGUCCCCCGCGGAUCUUCCCUCGUCUCUGGCCGCUCUGGAAUCGGGCCCGUUCGUCAAGGACUCCGUCCUGGCGCCCAACUUCGAUAACCUGGCUCUCAGCAUCGACCCCUUCCUCGAGAAGAACUGCGACCUUCUCCUCGACAGCAUUGAGACCCACCACACCGAGACCAACAACUACCAGUACUACCAGCGGUCGCUUGCUCGUGAGCAGACCAAGAUCACGAAUUGGCAGAACAAGCGCAAGCAGGAGAACGCCAGCCGCGCCGCCCUUAAGCAGCCCCUGCUUCCCGAGGAUGAGUGGCAGCGACUGUUCAAGCUUCCCCAGGAGCCCAGCCGCCUGGAGACCAUGGUGAACAGCCGACAGGUUGAGCAGUACGCCCGCCAGGUCGACAGCUUCGUUUCGGCCACGACGGGUAAGAUGUUCGCCGUCAAGGGCAACCUGCUGCCUGGAGAGACCGCCAAAUAA